UCCUUCCUUAUUCUUAUCUCCCUUUCUUUCUCGAACGCAUACACUUCGGCGCCGCAAAAGGGCUAUGUUACACGGCAAAGCAAGCAAAUCUCUUUUCUUCCUUUAGCAUCCACCAAACGUUGUUCGUGCCGGAACAUGUCUUUGUCGGGCUCGGCACUGCUGAGCAUUACACCCAUAACCUCCUCAUCGUCGCUUCCCCGCCGAAGAGACUCAAAAAAGUCUUCAUCUUGUUCCAACCUUCCUUCAAGGCACACUGCGACUGUUCCUUACCUAGCUUCAACUUCUUCUUCUUCUGCUGCUACUAUCAUUGAUAAUGAUACCGAUUUCUCUUCAGAACCCAAUCCUUGCAAUGACAGUGAUUGUGUCACUGUUGAGAGUGCCAAGUUUACAUAUAGCAGAGCAUCACCUUCAAUUAGAUGGCCCCACUUGAAGCUCUCCGAGCUUUACCCCUCUGCACAGACCCAGUUACCCGUUGCUUCUCCCAUGGAAGAAAGUCACGUAGAGGGACCCGAAAGACCAGAUUCUGGUGAGCCUUUGGGUGUGAGCGAUGAAGCGCAAGAAACAUUGGGGAGACCUAGCAGGAAUAGGGUAAAAAAGAUGAACAAAUUGGCACUGAAGAGAGCAAAGGAUUGGAGGGAGAGAGUGAAAUACUUGACUGAUAGGAUUCUUGCAUUGAAGCCUGAGGAGUACGUGGCUGAUGUGUUGGAUGAUAGAAAAGUUCAGAUGACGCCCACGGAUUUUUGCUUUGUGGUAAAAUGGGUUGGGCAAGCAAGCUGGCAAAGAGCUCUUGAGGUCUAUGAGUGGUUGAAUUUGAGGCACUGGUACUCGCCGAAUGCGAGGAUGCUUGCGACUAUCUUAGCUGUGCUGGGAAAGGCUAAUCAAGAAGAGUUGGCGGUUGAAAUCUUCAUUCGAGCUGAGUCGUCCAUAGAGGAUACAGUCCAAGUGUACAAUGCCAUGAUGGGUGUUUAUGCCAGGAAUGGCAGGUUCAACAAGGUAAAGGAACUGCUCGAUUUAAUGCGCAAAAGAGGGUGCGAGCCGGACCUGGUGAGUUUCAAUACUUUGAUCAAUGCCAGGAUGAAAUCUGGUGCAAUGGUGCCUAAUUUAGCUUUUCAGCUUUUAGAGGAGGUUAGGAGGUCUGGUGUUAGACCAGACAUUAUAACUUAUAAUACUCUUAUUAGUGCUUGCUCAAGGGAGUCGAAUUUGGAGGAGGCAACUAUGAUUUUUAAGGAUAUGGAGAACCACCAUUGUCAACCUGACCUGUGGACUUAUAAUGCUAUGAUUUCGGUAUAUGGUAGAUGUGGGUUUGCUAGGAAAGCUGAACAACUAUUUAAAGAAUUGGAAUCUAAAGGGUUUUUCCCUGAUGCAGUAACUUAUAAUUCUCUGUUGUAUGCUUUUUCAAAGGAGGGAAAUGUUGAAAAAGUAAGGGAUAUUCAUGAGGAAAUGGUAAAAGUGGGGUUCGGGAAGGAUGAGAUGACAUACAACACUAUUAUACACAUGUAUGGAAAGCAGGGGAAGCAUGAUCAGGCGCUGCAGCUUUACAAUGACAUGAAAUCUUCUGGUAGGAGUCCUGAUGCAGUUACCUACACUGUUUUGAUUGAUUCACUUGGAAAAGCAAAUAAAAUCGACGAAGCUGCAAAUGUAAUGUCAGAGAUGUUGGAUGCAGGAGUUAAGCCUACUUUGCACACAUAUAGUGCUUUAAUUUGUGGUUAUGCAAAGGCUGGAAAAAAAGUAGAGGCUGAAGCUACAUUUAAUUGCAUGCGUCGGUCAGGAAUCAAAGCUGAUUGUCUAGCAUACUCAGUUAUGUUGGAUGUCUUUCUUAGAUUCAAUGAGGUUAAAAAGGCUUUGACAUUGUAUAAGGAAAUGAUUCGCGAAGGCUUUACACCAGAUGAUGGCCUCUAUGAGGUCAUGCUAAAAGUGCUUGUGAGAGAAAAUAUGUGUGAUGUUGUUGAUAGAGUUAUUAGAGAUAUGGAAGAAAUCAGUGGCAUGAGUCCACAAGUUAUUUCAUCCGUUCUUGUUAAUGCAGGGUGUUAUGAUGAUGCUGCUAAAAUGUUGAAACUUUCUAUCAGCAAUGGCUAUGAAUUAGAUCAUGAGAAUUUUUUAUCUAUUUUGGGUUCAUAUAGCUCAUCUGCUAGAUAUUCAGAAGCAUGUGAACUACUUGAAUUCUUGAGAGGUCAUGCUCCAGACAAUACUCAAAUGAUCACUGAAGCACUCAUCAUUAUACUUUGCAAGGCUAAAAAGCUUGAUGCGGCCUUGGAGGAGUACAGAAGUAAAGGAGGAAUGGGUUUAUUCAGAAGUUGUACAAUGUAUGAAUCUCUGAUUCAGGAAUGCAUGCAGAAUGAACUAUUCGAUGUAGCUUCUCAGAUUUUUUGUGACAUGAGGUUCAGAGGUGUUGUGCCAUCUGAAUAUCUCUACCAAGGUAUGGUAUCUGUCUACUGUAGAAUUGGAUUACCCGAGACAGCCCACCACUUGUUGUAUCAUGUCGAAAACAAAGGUAGUGUAGUUGAUAACACGUCUCUUUAUAUUGUUAUCAUUCAAACAUAUGGGAAGUUAAAGUUAUGGCAAAAGGCAGAAAGUUUAGUGGGAAGUAUUAGGCAAAGAUGUUCAAAAGUGGAUAGAAAGGUCUGGAAUGCUUUAAUUCAUGCUUAUGCAUUAAGUGGCUGUUAUGAGCGCGCUAGAGCUAUAUUCAAUACAAUGAUGAGAGACGGUCCUUCGCCAACUGUAGAUUCCAUAAAUGGUCUGUUACAAGCGUUAAUUGUAGAUCGGAGGCUGAAUGAGCUUUACGUGGUGAUCCAGGAGCUGCAAGACAUGGGGUUCAAGAUGAGUAAAAGUUCUAUUCUUUUGAUGCUUGAAGCAUUUGCACAGGCUGGAAACUUAUUCGAGGUGCAAAAAGUGUACCAUGGAAUGAAAGCUGCUGGUUAUUUUCCGACCAUGCAUCUCUACAGAAUUAUGGUUGGAUUGAUGUGCAAGUUCAAAAGAGUAAGGGAUGUAGAAGCCAUGUUAUGUGAGAUGGAAGAGGCAGGAUUUAAGCCUGAUCUUCAAAUUUAUAAUUCUGUAUUGAAGUUAUAUUUAGGAAUUGAAGAUUUUAAAAACAUGGCUAGAAUCUACCAAAAGAUUCAAGAUGCUGAUCUUAAACCAGAUGAGGAAACAUAUAAUACAUUAAUUAUAAUGUACUGCAGAGACCAUAGAGCAGAAGAAGGUAUCUCUCUGAUGCAUGAAAUGAGAAGACUUGGCGUGGAACCUAAGCCGGAUACAUACAGAAGCUUGACAGCAGCAUUUUGUAAGCAACAAUUGGUUGAACAAGCAGAGGAACUUUUUGAAGAGCUUCGAUCGAAUGGUUAUAAAAUGGACCGCUCUUUUUAUCAUUUAAUGAUGAAAAUGUAUAGGACUUCCGGGGAUCAUCGGAAGGCUGAAAGUCUUCUGGCUAUGAUGAAAGAAGCUGGGAUAGAGCCCACUAUUGCCACCAUGCAUUUACUUAUGGUUUCUUAUGGUCAAUCGGGGCAGCCUGAAGAAGCGGAGAAAGUCCUGAAAAACUUGACAACAUCUGGACAGGUUGUUGAUACUCUACCUUACAGCUCUGUUAUUGAUGCAUAUCUGAGAAAAGGAGAUUAUAAAGCUGGAAUCGAGAAGCUCACAGAGAUGAAGGAAGCAUCCAUAGAACCAGACCAUCGAAUAUGGACAUGCUUUAUCAGAGCUGCGAGCUUGUGCGAGGGAGUAAAUGAAGCCAUUAAUCUUUUAAAUGCACUCCAAGCUUCCGGAUUUGAUCUCCCAAUCAGGCUUCUAAGAGAAAAAUCCGAGUCACGUGUUGCAGAGGUGGACCAAUGUCUGGAGAGACUAGAACCUCUUGAAGACGAUGCAGCUUUUAACUUUGUCAAUGCUCUGGUUGAUCUGUUGUGGGCAUUCGAACUCCGGGCCACUGCAUCAUGGGUUUUCCAAUUGGCAAUCAAGAGAAGAAUUUAUUGCCAUGAUAUCUUUCGAGUCGCGGAUAGAGACUGGGGAGCUGAUUUUAGAAAACUAUCUGCUGGUUCAGCUCUAGUUGGUCUUACUUUAUGGCUUGACCACAUGCAGGAUGCCUCGUUGCAAGGCGAUCCAGAGUCACCGAAAUCAGUUGUACUUAUAACAGGAACUGCAGAAUACAACAUGGUAUCACUCAAUAGCACAUUGAAGGCAUGCCUUUGGGAAAUGGGAUCGCCUUUCCUUCCGUGCAAGACAAGACACGGUGUCCUUGUGGCCAAGGCUCACUCCCUAAGAAUGUGGUUGAAAGACUCGCCGUUCUGUUUGGAUCUCGAGCUAAAAGAUGCCCCGGGUCUCCCCGAUCUAAACUCCAUGCGGCUCAUUGAAGGAUGCUUCAUAAGGCGCGGCCUUGUUCCAGCAUUCAAGGACAUUACCUCAAGAUUCGAAGUAGUGAGUCCCAAGAAAUUUUCCAGAUUGGCCUUGUUACCGGACGACAAGAGAGACAAAGCAAUUCAUGCUUAUACUGAUGGAAAGAAAGAGAGAUUGGAGAAAGAGAGACUAAAAGCAAAGCAAAUUGUUGAUCCCAAAAAGUUGAAGAAGAUUAAGAAGAUUAAGCAGAUUAGAAAGAGGAAAUACAUUAGGGAAGCUUUGACACCCAAUUUAAUUGGGAAACAAAGAACUUUCGUUCCUAUUAGUGAAAAACAAACAAUGUAAUGCCAAACAUUACUUGUAAUCUUAAAUCUUGUACAAA